AUGUCUGCAACAUUGAAUUCCGAAGCCAGCGUAGUGGAAGAGUGUCGUGGCGUUCUUCAUGUUUAUAGUGACGGUUCCAUAGUACGCUCUUCGGGCUCAAGCUUCAACUUGGAUGUAAACGACGACGGCACCGUUUCGUGGAAAGAUGUCGUUUUUAACCCUGUCCAUGAUCUCCAGCUUCGGCUCUACAAGCCAGCCGGCUCAUCCGGCGCCAAGCUUCCAAUUUUGUUCUACUUUCACGGUGGCGGCUUUUGCAUCGGCUCACGCACUUGGCCUAAUUGUCAAAACUAUUGCUUCCAGCUUGUUUCUCGGCUUCGAGUCAUAGUGGUGGCUCCAGAUUACCGGCUUGCUCCGGAGAACCGGCUCCCUGAUGCGAUUGAGGAUGGCUUCACGGCUGUUAAGUGGCUUCAAGAUCAAGCCGUGAGUAAUGAGCCGGACCCAUGGUUGAGCCACGAGGCUGAUUUUAGCCGGGUGUUCAUUUCGGGUGACUCGGCUGGAGGAAACAUAGCUCAUCAUUUGGCGGUUCGGCUUGGAUUCGGGUCAUCGAAGUUAGAGCCGGUUCGGGUCAGGGGUUAUGUUCUAUUGGCCCCUUUCUUUGGUGGAACUAUCCGAACCAAGUCCGAAGCUGAAGGAGCAAAAGAUGCUUUUCUCAAUUUAGAACUUAUUGAUAGGUUUUGGAGGCUUUCUAUACCCAUUGGAGACACUACAGAUCACCCUAUUGUGAAUCCAUUUGGGCCCAAUAGUGAGAGUCUUGAAGGAAUAAAUCUGGACCCAAUUCUAGUGGUGGGUGGAGGAUGUGAUUUGCUUAAAGACAGGGCAGAGGAUUAUGCAAGGAGGCUUAAGGAGUGGGGUAAAGAUAUAGAGUAUGUGGAAUUUGAAGGACAACAACAUGGUUUCUUCACCAUUCAUCCCAACUCACAACCAUCCAACACCUUGAUGCUGCUCAUCAAACAAUUCAUAGAGAAGCAUUUGGGGAAUGUUUGA